GGGGUGCACUUGUUGAGUGACUCACCCGAGUAAGCGAGGAGCAGAGCGCCGCGGGGGCGGAGCCAGAGGAGGAAAGAGGCGGAAGAAAGCUCGCGAAAGAGAGACAUCGGGUCAACAAGGAAGCUGAGUCCACUCAACUAGAAAAGAAGCAAAGUCAUCAUGGCUUCAGUGUCUACUCAUGGAAACGAAGACAAAGGUCCCCAUUUGCCACCACCAAGCAAGCAGAGUCUGUUGUUUUGUCCAAAAUCAAAACUGCACAUCCACAGAGCAGAGAUUUCAAAGAUUAUCCGGGAAUGUCAAGAAGAAAGUUUCUGGAAGAGAGCUCUGCCUUUUUCUCUCGUAAGCAUGCUUGUCACCCAAGGACUGGUCCACCAAGGUUAUUUAGCAGCAAAUCCAAGAUUUGGAUCAUUGCCUAAAGUCGCACUUGCUGGUAUCUUGGGAUUUGGCCUUGGAAAGGCAUCAUACAUAAGAGUAUGCCAGAGUAAAUUCCAUGUCUUUGAAGAUCAGCUGCGUGGGGCUGGUUUUGGUCCAGGGCAUAACAGGCACUGCCUACUUACCUGUGAGGAAUGCAAAAUAAAGCAUGGAUUAAGUGAGGAGGGACGUUCACAACCUUCGGCUUCCUAAACUCUGUGACUGUGGCUUUUGAAGUUUCUAAAAACCUCUGAAUUUGUACACAUUUAAAUUUUCAAGUGUGCUUUAAAAUAACAUACUUAUAGUGGAAUAGUUACAUGGUGAUUUUUCUCACUCUGUUGAAAUGCUUUCAGUGUUAAUUCUCAAUUGACUUGAGCACUACAUGUUUUUCUGCUGCUUAAGAUCAUGUUGGGAGCAUUCAUACACCAAAAGAAAGAACGUAGCACUCUAAAAGAAAGAAUGUCGCACUCUCACUUGCUUACAGCUAAUUAAAAGAAUUUAGAGAUGUCUCUCA